ACCUAUAUAUCCCUUUAAUUACUGGUAUCCCUGUUGUUGUUCCUUGACAUAAAUCGACCUCAGACCGCGCCUUAACCUGAGUUAACUGUCUCGUUAUUUUCAUCUACUAUCCGUGAACGAAGAACAGAUCGCUUUAACAUGAGCUCAUCGUCGUCCCGAAGGCGGAAGACCGCUAGCAUGUCUAACGUGAUGUUCACGAACGCCGUAUACUUCCCAAAUUUCAAAAUCUACGGCGGCGCUACUCCUGGGAUGAUGAACUACAGCUGCGUCAACCACGUGUUUUACGCCUUCGCCAACGUGGCAGCGGACGGAUCCGUGUUUCUAAGCGACGAGUGGGCAGAUACGCAAGCCCCUUGCGACGGCGUUCAGGGAGGCCUUGGAUCGCUCAUGCAUCUCAAGCAGAAGCACCCGCAUCUGCAGGUGACCCUGUCGAUUGGCGGCGGGCCAUCGAACGAGAAUUUCCCCAUAGUCGCCUCGGACACGCUGCUGCGAGAUAACUUUGCGCGAUCAGCGCGCGGUUUAGUGGAGGCGUCUGGCUUGGACGGCAUCGACAUCAACUGGCAAUAUCCAAUGGACCCCCAGCAAGGCGCCAACUUCGUCGCGCUUCUAGCCGCCGUGCGAAUCCACCUGCCGGAGGAGCAAUUUUUCGUCACGGCGGGUCUUCCGGCCACUCGCGUGACCCUGCAGAACAUCGACAUCGCUCAGGCCGCCGCCUACCUCGACUUCAUCAACCUCGUGGCGUACGACUUUUGCGGGCCGUGGACUCCCAGGAGCGGGCACCAGGCGCAGCUGUAUCCGCUGAACAAGGACGAGGCGUCCGGUUCGUCUGGCGUAACGUAUCUCGUGGGCCACGGUUGCCCGUCCAGGAAGAUCUUAUUGGGUAUCCCACUUUACGGACGGAGUUUCCUUGGGGUAACUGGCCCGGGGCAUAGGCAUAAAGGCGCUGGAGGCGAGGACGGCGCGUUCGAAUACAAUUCGUUGCCGAGGAGAAACGCCAAGGAGACGGUGGACAAGCGGAUAGGGGCCGCGAGCUGCGUCGGGGGCGACGGGGGAUUCGUAACGUACGAUAAUCCGGAAACGGUAAAGAUGAAGGCGGCGUAUUGCAGGCAGAAAGGACUCGGUGGCUUAUUCUACUGGAGCGGGCCAGCCGAUUCGCGAGAGAAGUCUCGAAGUUUGAUCGCCGCCGGAUUCCGAGCAUUGCAUAGUUCGUGAUCGUAUCGUACCAACAUGUUUAUCUACGAAUGGAGUUGUACUGGUUAUGUUUGCGAUUUUAUUGGCGUUACGUUUUCAUUGAAGGGGGACUCUUGCAUUUACGAUUGGUCUUCAUAUCACUGUUACUUGCAUUGCGUGGCAUCCAUAUUACAGCAUAUCAGUCAAGGAUUGGAGUUACCAUUGUUGAAAUAGACAUUUUGAUUUUUUUCUUCCGUUCGUUUCCAACUGAGGGUCAUCAUAUAUCAUUCGGAAGAACACGAAAGCCUCGAGGGCAGGGCCGAUACCCGAAAUACCAAAAACAUCAUUUUAUUACUUUUAGAAUUAUCAGGCAAAGGUGUAUGGUAGACAGGAUCAAUUAAAGGGUUGCAUUUGCAUUGUGAUAAUUAAAGGGGCUAAAGGCGCUGUUCCGAGGAGUUGAAGAUUUGGGAUUGAACAAUUCAAAUGAGAGAAUCAAUCAAUAAUUCAGGCAGACCAUCAAGG